AUGGAAACGGUGCGAUCGCUCCCUCGAAACCCCGAUGUCGUUGCGCGACACCCGUCGGCGGAGGAUCUAGACGCUGCCCAACAGCUGAUCUCGUCGGCCCAAGCUGGUCGGGAACACCCUGUCGAACGGCCGCGAGAUGAUACCCGGGCUCAAAGCUUCGAAGCCGAUCCGAUUCGUGGUCGACCUGAGAUGGAUAGCCGGGUAGAUAACUCCGGAUACGCGUCCGCCGAGGUGAACGCAGCGGCCUCGGACAAACUAUCGUCGUCGCCCAAAUCCCAGAAGGAUACUUCUUUUCUAGGACAUUCCUGCAGUAAUUGCGGGACAAAGAGUACUCCGUUAUGGCGACGAUCACCGACGGGUGCGAUGAUUUGCAACGCCUGUGGCCUCUACUUGAAAGCACGAAAUGUCGCCCGCCCGACGAAACGUAACCGUGUCCAGACGAGCCCGGAAGCUGGCGUGCAGCCGACUGGAACUCCCUCGAAUCUGCCGCCGGACCAACCUCCCGCACCGAGCGAGGGAGGAGGAUGCCAUGGUUCAUCGGGAUCGUGUCCUGGCGGAGGUAGCUGUAACGGCACCGGUGGUGCUGAGGGCUGCGACGGAUGCCCUGCCUACAACAAUCGGGUCUACAAGUCGACACCCCGAGGGACUGUCCCAGUACAUGCCUGGAAUCGCGCCCCCAACCCACCCGCCGAAAAGGCGGUGCCUUUACCAGAGCCGGAUGUUCCAGUUAAGAAUGGGACACCUACGGCAGCAGAUGGGAAUAUGCUGGUGUCUUGUCAAAAUUGUGGCACCACCGUGACGCCUCUCUGGAGGCGGGACGAAAAUGGUCAUCCCAUCUGCAACGCAUGUGGUCUCUAUUACAAAUUACACGGAUGCUACAGGCCCACGACGAUGAAGAAGACCAUCAUCAAGCGGCGGAAGCGGGUUGUUCCGGCCUUGCGCGAAUCGUCUCCGACGGGCGCGACGCACUCGUCGAAUGGCUCCUCCGCAUCCCCCGAAGCGUCGCCUGCCGCUCUGGCUCACGGCCACGAAGACCAUUAUCGAUACUAUAGCAGCGAACCGAUGGACCACUACGGCCACAUGCCCGACCGAGUGUCGCCGCACGCUCACCGGCCGUUUGGAUUCGCACCACCACCCGUUGACUUCACCGGAUUCAGUUCGGGCACGGUGUCGUUACCACACCACCCACCCCCACCUCGACUGUUGGAGCCGGACCGUUUGGCGCCGAGUCAUUCGCCCGUGCCGCAAUUCGGUCGUCGCUCGCUUUCCCCCAAUCCUGCCAAUCCCAAGAAACGCACGCUCGCCGAAACUGCCUCAUCGGCCGAGGCUGUCGCAAUCCCAACCACUCUGGAAUCCGGCUCCAAUCAGCUUCCCCCGAUAAUGUCCUCGAUCAACCCCUCUCCCCCGGCUCGAUUGAGCUCCAUCUCUUCCAUUCUCAACCCCUCCGGUGCCCACGACGAGUCCCGCCUAGACCCGUCUCUCGCCGCUCUUAGUCGUCAACAGCAACAUCCCCAUCAGCCCCCACUGGCGCCUUCCCACUCCCAGCCGCUUCCUAGCGUGACCGAAUUGGAUAGGUUCCAAGAGGAUCGCCGCGCUAAACUACAACGGGAAGCCGAAGAGAUGCGGGAAAUGCUGCGUGCGAAAGAGCGAGAAUUGGCAGAACUCGGACGGCAAUAA